AUGAACUGUUUCCUGCCGCAGGUUGUAGCUGACUGUAACGAGGGUGCCCGCAAGAUGGCGCGCAUGGAGGAGAUGCUGCACGUUUCACGCACGCUCGAGUUUCGCGAGUGCCGCGCGGUGCCCCUCAUCUCGUCCAGCCGCUGGCUGGUGAAGCGGGGCCCACUGGUGCGGGUGUCACUGGACAGCCGGAGGCGCACCUGGGGCCGCCUGGUGCAGUGCGCGCGCACUUCGCUUCACUUGUUCCUCUUCACCGACCUGCUGCUGGUGACCAAGCGCAAGGGGGACGACUACUACGCCGUACUGGACCACUGCCCGCGCAACAUGCUGCAGGCAUGCGCGGAGGCCCCAGCUACGCUGCCGCCGCGCUUGCCCGACUGCUGUCGCCACCUGUUCCAGCUCACCCUGCUGCAGAACAGCGCCGGACGCACAGUCGAGAUGCUGCUGGCCGCCGAGUCCGAGAGCGACAAGACUCGGUGGAUGGACGUGUUGACGCCCAUGGUGUCCAGUGACCCUGACGAACGCAUCUACGAAGAGUGGGGUCAGUCGUGGGUGCAGGGGGGCCCACCCCGUAUUUUUGCCAGGUCGGGGCAGAGGUUAAAAUCUAUGCCAGACGAACCCAGCUCGUACUGCAUGUGA